CCGGCUGUCAAAAAAACAACAACUGUCUAGCGGUGGUUGAUCUCACGGUGGUUACACAGUGCGGAAAAUUAACGUUAACUCAACCGCCCCCUUGCUCAACGGGUUUUUUGCAACGGCUGUUUUUUUACCCACAGUCAUGUGAUUGUAACGUAAAACCCCUAACCGGAAAACAACGACGGACGACCCUCUCCGCCGCCAACGAAUGCUGCGUCUGCUAGCAACAGUACACGCCGCUGCGAGCCCAGAAGAGGACGGACGAGUCCCCGGUAACAAACAAACAACGGCGACACGGCAAACUCCACGGAUUUACACCGGAGUCGCAGGUUGAAGAAUGGAGUUGGCCAACCAUGGUCUUAUCCUGCUGCAGCAGCUUAACGCUCAGAGGGAGUUUGGCUUCCUGUGCGACUGCACUGUGGCUAUAGGAGAUGUCUUCUUCAAAGCCCACAAAGCUGUCCUUGCUGCCUUCUCCAACUAUUUCAGAAUGCUCUUCAUUCAUCAGGACAGUGAUUGUGUGCGCCUGAAGGCCGCCGACAUACAGCCGGAUAUCUUCAGCUACCUCCUCAACCUGAUGUACACAGGCAAGCUCGCACCCCAGUUGAUAGACCCUGCACGGCUGGAGCAGGGGGUCAGAUUCCUGCACGCCUAUCCGCUCUUGCAGGAGGCCAGCCAGUCUGUGUAUUCCCACGCUGAGCAGCACAGCAUCAACCUUUCCACCUCCCUCUACGGCAUCCAGAUCUCUGACCAACAGGCAGGGCUGUCUGCUAGAUUGCCCUCUCGACGGCAGCUCACUUCUCCCUUCGACAUGGAGCAGCUGAGCUCAGAGGGCAAGUAUCUGUCCACACCGGCUGCCACAGCUUCAUACGCCAAUUCCUUACUGUCCAAGCUAGCUUCCUCGCCCCCAGACGCGGAGGCCUCGACCAGCGGCGCCAAGCCUACAGUUGAGGAGGGGGUGAUGGACUUGCUAAGUGCGGAUGGUUCCUCAGCCAGUGCCAUCCUCCAUGUAAAGCCCAGCAUCAUGAAGAGGAACUCCUCCUUUAGGAAGCAUUACUCCUGUCAUCUGUGCCGGAGUCGAUUCACCCAGAGAAGCCUGCUGAGGGAGCAUCUCCUCCAACAUACCCAUGCUCUACAGCAGGCGCCAGCUGAGCCCAGCAAUGCACUCUCACCUGUCAUGACUGGAGAACAUAGUAUGCUAGAUUUAGAGAGGGUCCUAAAGGGAAUUAAGGCCGGGUCAGUUGCCUUGGCUGCCACCACAGGAGUAGAGAUAAUCAGUGACAGCGAGCAAACGCCCGUUUCAGGAACCAACUCGGACUCUCCGCGAGCGGAGGUGUCCACUUCCAGCUGGGGGGUGGGAGGGUUGAAUUCUCAGGCAGACACGCCACCUCCGUCAGACAUUGCGGACAUCGACAACCUAGAGAGCGCCGACUUGGACAGGGAAGAGAAGCGCAGGAAGUACGAGUGCUCCACCUGUGGGCGCAAGUUUAUUCAGAAGAGCCACUGGCGUGAACACAUGUACAUCCACACGGGCAAGCCCUUCAAAUGCAGCGCGUGUGGCAAGAGCUUCUGCCGGGCCAACCAGGCAGCACGCCACGUGUGCCUGAACCAGGGGGCCGACACCUACACCAUGGUGGACCGGCAGAGCAUGGAGCUGUGCGCCGCAGGCGACGACAGCAGCCAGAUGGAGGCGAUGUUCUUGGGCUCGUCGAAGCCUUACAAGUGCAACAUUUGUGCGACCACCUUCUCCAGUCCCAACGAGGUGAUCAAACACCUGUGCUUUACUCAAGGGGGGUUAGCGGGGCUGCAGGGAAACACUGGCGCGGGGAUGCUGCUCCAGCGUGAAGAGUUCUCCAAAGAUGACGGCUCCGACUUGUCCAACUCUGGCACCGCACUGGAACCAAUAAAGACUGAGGAUAUCCUCGUAUAGUAGUGCCAAAACUGUCUAUUUGUCCUCUUUAACAUGUAUGUUUACUUUCUGAAUCGUGGUUAAUAGGUAAGCUAAAGGUAAAGUUAGUCAGGGUAUGUAUGUUUGAGCUCCUAGGUCUACUAAAACAGUUGUGUGUUUUUUUUGUUUAAUUGGGGGGGGGGGGGGGGUACAGUAUUUUGGACUUUCCAAAAGUGAAUUAAAUAGUGAAGUAAAUGCCCUACAGCUCUCUGGAGUUCAGUCCAACAUCACUAGAAAAGCAAAUAACUUUAACAUUUGACUGAAAGCUGCGUUACCAAUAAGGGAGGUGAAGUUACUAUGACUUUGUUUCAUUGAAUCAUUUCAUGGCUUGGUGUUAGACUCUCACAUGUCAGGCUGUACCACAUUCUUUUUUCUUUUACUUAACAGCUAAAGUGGUGGUAAGGCUGCACAGGCAGACUUUGAGUAUCAGAGGAAGGGGAAGCGGAGACAGUUCCGGAGGCCACGGCGUGUUGUGCGAUGAGUUUGCUGUGCUAGAUUAGAGGGGGAGAAAGAGCUGCACGGAAGGGUUGUUUCUUCAUGGUCACAAAUGAGAGGCUUGUUCUGCAGAUCAGGUAUAGAUUAUGAUUCCAGCUAAAAGCGCACAACAUAUUCAGACCUGAGACAAUCCGUGCCCUUUUUUUUUUUUUGAGUAGAUGCUUGAUAUGCAGGAAAGUACAUACGUCUUCCAUUCAUGUUUUGGUUGUUGUUUAUGCUCAGCAGAAUGAAUAACUUGCAUCCUUCUCAGCAACCGUUUAGUUGUUUAGUUGUUACUCUGUUUUCUUGUCUGUGUGAUUUUGGUUCCUGUGUCCUUACAUCUAAUUAAAGCACAAUUUGCUCUUCGUAAUAGAGUUGGGCCACCUAAGAAAAUUGGUCACAACAAGCAAGAGUGUUCAUUGUGUUUACAGGUGAGCCCCUUUUCAUUCUAUUUUUUUAUUUUUACUUCUGUUGUAUUUGUUGCUGACUGAAGGAGCAGCGUGUUUCUUCAGACACACACCUUGAUUGGAGGCUGUCCUAUACAAGGUUGUCUUUAUAUACUUUGCUUCAAUCCGCUCCUAAAAGCCCUUAGUGUUUGUUUGACAUCCUUUUCUAGUUUUAAAUACAAUAUAUUUUCAAAGAUUUCUUUAUAUUGCAAAGGUUUAUGUAUAUUAGUAGACAAAUAGCUUUCAAACUAGAUUACAUUUUGUUUAGUAAAAUGUUAUGUCUAAGGAAUGGGCGCGAUCAUUUCUUAAAGAAAUAGGCUAAAAUAGGUUAGAAUAACAAAAAAAUAUUUCAGAUUUUAAGUCUCUUCCCCUUGCCAAAUUUGUGUUUAUUGCUAACCUUCUUAUUCAUUUUGUGUAAAAAGAAACAUUUUCUCUGUACUGUUAAGUCCUUCUGACAUUAAUAUUUGUUCUUUAACAAAUCAGAAAAGGAAGCAGUAGUUGCAACAGUAUUCAUUUAUAGAAAACAUUGUGGGAGAAACCAAUGCAGGCGCACAUGUUGAAACUUCUGUGAUGCAGAUGUGCUGGAAUAAGAAUGCUCCACCUGUCAGUGUGGAGAUCAUGUGAACUCAGGCAGGGAUGACGGUGUGACACAGGGACAGUUAGCUUUAAUAAGAAAUGAUGAGGGUGAUUCCUCUAUAUACUCCACUGUCUGGACACGCGUGUGUUAUGUGGAUAUAAAAGAUGCCAGUAAUUGUAACUUAGAAGGACAUCCAUUGUUUGGGAUUACAGAAACUUUCUAAGGACUACUGAUGACUACCGAAACUAAAAGUGGCAUCAUUUUGUUACACGUUGAGUCAAUGUGAAGCAGUUGUAUGAUUUGUCAUACUGAAACAUGGCAAGUGUAACAGAAGCAUUAUACAGGUUGUGCAGGAACAGGAUUCUCAAUGAAUGGUCAGGUUUAUUCAAAGUAUCACUGUCUUCAGUUCAGUUGUUUCUGUUUGUUUUCUACUUUACAGCCUGAAUAUUAAUAUGAAUGAUAUUUUAGGGAGGCUUGUAAUACUGUCUUAAUAUUGUUAUUGUUCCUCAUAGUGGAAAAUAAAUUCUGCAUCUUAAUGUUAUUGCAACAACAUUGGCUUUUUUGCUGCAAAUACUAACCAACCCAUCAGACUGCAAAAAAAAAAAAAAAAUUGAUUUCUUAGUCUGACAUUUGUCUUCUAAAUUUCGAGCUGACACAGCAGAGACCCAUUCAACAAUUCAAAGGACUAAUGAUAAUAUAAUUCGCAAUAUUUUUUUAAAGCAGAGUUUUUAACUAAGCCACACAAAAGCUCAUUCGUGGAUGUUGUAGAACGUAUUGUUUAAUGUAGUCUUUGUUGGAUUUAUUGACGAGUUUUCAUCUUUGUAGUCUUUUUUUCUCAACAUAUACAAAAAAAAAAUGCCGAUCCCGAGUGUGUUUGACAUGCAUAUGUUUUUCUUUUGACCCUAUUCCACCCAGCCUCAAGUACAGGCGUGUGACAGAGAGGAUGAGGCCCAGUUCUAAUUUGGUUUAAGUGGGAUUGUUAUACUUUGAAUCCUGCUUUGAUGCAAUGAGCCCAGUGAUUAGCUAGGUGGAGCUGUUUUUCUUAUUUGUCUACUCAGGUCUAGAGAGACAGCUGUCAAAUUUGAAGUAAUAUCGUCACUAGUAUUUCUGUGAUGUGGUUUCCAAUCAUAUGACCAUAUUUGCCAUAAAUUAAUAUGCCAUCAACAUUUUGGUUAAAAAAAAAAAAGAAGAAAAAAAACAAACAAAUGCCAGUGAAUUUAUUGUCCCAAGUGUGAGGUUUUGACUAAUGGGAGGAUUCUUGUUUGUCUCCCAUGUUUUUUUUUUGAGGCAACUGAAAUGUUGUACUACUGACGUUCAUUUCUCAGAGCUUAUAAUCGAUGCACAGCUUUAUGAAAAGUCUAAAUCCUUCCUCAUUUCAAGUUGCAACUGUUCUUCUGCCGCACCAGUCUUGUAACACAUUGGUUCGUGUAUGUGGGUGUUGAAACAUCUCCGUAUCUCAGGAAGAUGAGAAGUUAGUCAUUGUCUUUUCUGUCCACUGUUUAUAAAAGCAAUUAUUUCAUUUCAAACCGAUGAUCCUACUCUCCAAUGUCUAUCUGUGUUCAAUAUGUGUUCUCAGGAAUGUGAGUAAUUUUCUGUAUAAACAAAUUUUUUUUUUUCAAUGAAGAAUGAACAAUAAAGACAUGUUUUUUAUAUAUAA